UAAAUUCUCACUAGCCAAGUGUUUCUGUUGUACUCUUCUCUGUGAAUCUUUUUGAAUAGUUAUCAAGCUCCUAGAAUGAGGUCUGGAGUCUACCCCCAGCAUUGCCUGAUUGGAACGGCACUAGCCACUUCCCAAACUGGAGAGUUACGAGUAGAUGAGAUCUACAAGAUGGUCAAAAUACUGUUCCCAUUUGUCGUCAUGACAGCUCCCAGCUCCUGGAAGAACUCUCUGAGGCAUUCUUUGUCUAAUAGUGGUUAUUUUGAGAUGGUAAAUAAGUCCACACAUCCUGUUUUGGCCGCUAAAAAGAACCACAAGUGGAGAAUCAAUCAAGCAAGGGCUAAUGAUCUGCUAAGAAACAUGGAAAAGCAUAAUAGAAAGAUAGCAGCCAACAACACGGUUCUAAUAGGUUCACUAGCUGGAUCUCAGGCCAGCAUUGUGGCACCAUCUCUACAGCAACAGCUGAUAACUGAUCCCACCGUACAAUCCCAAGUUCAGCCCUCGUUAUCGUCUGCUGGCAGCCAAUUUCCGCUCAGCUUGCCAGGUUCUACAGUACAGAAUGACAUACGUCAAGCACCAUUAAUAAUACGCAUUACUACCCCAAAGCCUGCUAUUCCAACAAUUGAUGUGACUGCUAGUAUGAAAAAAGACGCAGUAUUUGACCUAGCAUGUCCAAUAUUCGAGGAAACAACCUCAACCACAACAACCCCCUUUGUUGAGAGUACCCCAGUAACAAUGUCACCUGAUGACUCAAUUCCUUCCCUCUGUAUGGAUUUUAGCCCAGAAUUGUAUGACAUAUCGAGCGAGAAAUCUUCCUCGGACAUUAGUGAAGCGCCCGCUUUUGAUACUGAUGACUGUCUAUCUGAAUCCUGUCAAGAAACACUGCUAGUAACGAGUCAACAAUUGGAAGAACUGAUGCAACAAUCUAGUGACGACCAAUGGCUCCAAGACGUUGAUUUGAACACUCUGAUCACCCCAGAUACAAGUGAUGAAGCUAUGAGCACAGUACUUUCAUCCACUAGUGAAAUAGACAAUGACUCUGUCAUUCCAUCACAUGCAUUUGAUAUUCUGGAGGAUCUAAAACUGGAUGAAGAAGAUGUGUUUGUUGAUAUUACUCCUAGUAGUUUAGAUUCUCUCUUGGAACAAAAGGAUAAUCUCAUUGAAGACCUGUUGGAGUGUCUCAUCAUCACAGGACCCAGAGAAAGUAUUUUGUCGCCGGAUGACAACAAUGAUCUUCCUCUUAGUGAUGCCUUCUGUACUGCCAACAAUCAUACAGUACAACAAAUGCCUGAGAACAAGUUUGCCAUAUUGAACAAAGAGACGGAAAAAAUGGACAAAUGGAUUUCUGAUCGUUGGAAUAAAUUCAGGCAUAUCGCGUCUAGAGAACAAUUCCGAAAGAAUAACAGCAGCUAUGUUACUAGCAAGAAGUUCAUUACUGAAUCAGUCAGCAAAAAGAGACCUCGAGACUUAGAAAUGGCCACAAUGGAGUCAGCAAAACGACAGAAGACGACUGAUAUAACACCUGGUGGACAGACAGUCAGAAAGCACAGCCGAACACGCCUUUAUGCCCCAGUAAGACAAACUGGAAAAUGCACGGUUACGACUUCUAUCGAUGUUUCGGGCACAUACUCACAAAAACAUUGUCUACAAGAUGACGCUGCUGUUGAAUUACUUCCACUAAAGAGACCAAGAUUUAUGUAUUCACUGAGAAAAUGAACUGUAACAAACCGUAUAAAUAAUUAUAACAUCAUUGUAUCUCUACAUCUUCAUUAUCUCUACACAUAAAAUUAUACAACA